AUGAAAGACUUCGUAGAAGCACUGCCUUGCGAAAUGAGUAUGAAGGGUGGCUUAUUCAUGCCUCUUUAUCGUAAGUUUUUCUCUGCGCGCUACGCUAAAAAUACACAACUUUACGGCCCAAAGCUUACAUCUUUCUUUUGGGAUGAACCAGAACGAGAAGCAAUGUGGAUCCAGUUCCGCAGCAAUCAGCCGUAUGCCAUUAAGAUCCAUGCCGGUGGUGUCAAUGCGAUUUCCGGAGAGCCCAUGGUUGAGACCGCAGCCACGAGAUUGCGCCGGCAAAAUCUUGUGCGGCAAAAGAAGUCUGUUCAAGAUUAUAUUGUCAUACCGGAGCAGCGCUGGCUUGAUGGAAUCGUGACUGAAAGUGGGCAGGUGCGGCAGUUUGUUGCGAUGCUACAGGGGUCCCACUACUCAGUUGAGAUGCAGAUGACGGGACAAGAGGUGACUGGUGGAUUGCAGUUUGAGGUAACCCCUUCUGAACGGGACGUUUUGGUACUCAAGAUCAUCAAGAUAAAACAGUCUGUCGAAUAUCGGGUUCACUGGAAUGAAACAUUGAAAGCUUUUCGCCGCAUGCUAGAAGAGGACUCAAGGGUAGAAUUUGGGCCACGAGACUACAUUUGGUGUGAACAUUUAUAUCCUAGCACUAAAACGCGCUCAUACAUUUGCAUCAGGGAUUUUGACACAACAUUCUCUCAGCUCGGGUAUCUUCACGGUAGUGACGUUAAAUUGGUGCAACAUCAUUCUUGGAUCGGCUUUAUAUGCGUUAAGACUCUUACUGGUAAGACUAUUGUGAUCCAAUGUGAAUCUUCCUACACAAUAGACAGCAUAAUGGGAAAGAUCCAGGACAAGGAAGGCAUACCAACAGAUCAGCAAAGGUUGAUUUUCGCUGGCCAACAGCUCAAUCCGGAAUUUACUUUGGCUGAAUAUGGCAUCGCUAAGUUAAGAAUCAAGCAUUGGGCAAUUACGAAUAAUUCUGAGUAG